GCAGGCAUCUGAAUAAGAAGGAGGUGCAACCGAGCUCCCAGUUAGACUCUCUCUGUGAUACCGUUGUAAACACUGGGGGCUUAAUUGGGUGAGCGGCUGGUGAACAGCUUGAUUUUCAUCAGGCUUUUACUGGUGCUCCAUGAGUUGGGAUGAGGGAGCAUGAACAGGGCCUCACAUCCAUCACAGGUGCGAGGACGGCAUGAAGAUUGGUCUGUGCAGCCUCAGCAAGUUGAUUGUGAGAUACACCCACAUUAAGCCACUUCUCUACAUCUUGACUGACUGAAAGUAAAAGGGGAGGAGGACAACAGGAAACUCAAGAAAACAAUCAGUGGAAUGUCGACCUGGAUAAACAGACUUCCGUUUUCCUCGAGAUCAGAAUCCUCACAGUGAAAGCCUUCUUCUAAACGAGCGACCUCUUGGCCGUGUGGAUUUGUUUAAAUGUGCUUUGGCCUUCUCCGAAGGAGCAGAGGGCAUCUGUGACGUUUGCCUCUGGUAUUUCCAUUUAACACAGACAGUACAGCCCUCAUCAGAUAGAUCGGAGUCUCAGGGAAACUACUUCAUUUCAGGCUCUUCAGUUUUUUUAACUGAAGUCCAGUCACCCAAAGGACUCAAAGGGACAUCUUCAUCAUUUUAGUAUCCCCAGCAUCCUAUUAUGCACAUUUGCUGUCUUAUAACUCUUUCAACUAUUCAAAGGAUUUAACAAAACUUUUACAACAGUGAGAUAGUCUCAUUUAAAGGACUCACACCCCCGCAUCCUAAAGCCAUGGAUUGGAAAACGGACAGCAUCCAGGAUUUUUUCAACCAUCUGUGGCGCUUCGCUGCAGAAAAACACAACCAGGGGGCCUAUAACACAAUCUGCCUGGUGGUCCUGCUGAUGCUUCCCCUGCUUGUCCUCCUCACAACAGUGCUGGUGUGCUGCCACUGCUGCUGCUGUCGUCAUGCCAACAGCUGCUGUUGUUGCUGUUGCUGUGACGAUGCCCUAUCAUCUUCAAGGUCAGAAACAAAGAAGAAAAAAAAUUCGGCCAAUACUGAAGACUUGUGGAUCUCGGUCAAGCCGGGACCGAUGACACCGGACAGGGUCGCUCUGGCCAUGGAGUAGAAAUCCCUUCUUUAUUCUGAGAAUGUUGAUAAGUCUGAGGAGUGGAGCUGAUGGAGCAUCCCAAAAGCAUGAACCGGGAAUGCUCUUGGACUCAGAGGUGGCUGGUGAUAUUUGAACUAAAAAAGAAGAACUUCACAUUGUAGCGGGCACAGAUGUGGUUGAAAUAUGUAAACAGUGUGUAUACUGUUGUCACUUUGCAUUCAUAAGUUGUUGUGUGGUGGUUUUAUGACAAUGUUUACAGCAUUUUUAUGAGCAUUUUUUUUAGUGUCUGGUACAUAAAGGAAGAAAUAUGAA